AUGGCUAGAGAUUUGCUAACUGUUCCAGCUUCUACUGUAGCAUCAGAAUCAUGUUUUAGUGCAGGUGGUAGAGUUGUAUCAGAGAAAAAGGCCAGUUUGAGUCCAAGUACAAUAGAAGCUUUAAUUUGCUUGAAAGAUUGGGCUUUGGCAGAUUCAAGAAAGCAAGAUGCAGCAGUAGAUGAGCAACAAACUGAAGAAUUAAUGAACAUAAGAGCAUCAAGACCAGAUUGGAUGGCAGACAGUGAAGUUGAGAUUGUUGGUGAAUCUGAAAAUGAGACCAUUCAAAGUUGA